AUGACGGAGCAGAUUUUUCGUUUGAAUUCAUCUGUAAGUGAUGCUAGUUUUGCUGUGUCUUGUGAAAAUGUUUUUUCUAAACUGAUUCGUCCGGAUCAAUCAACAAUUGAUGGAAUUCUCAAAUAUGAUACUUGUGACAAAGCAGAUAUUGUUUUACCCGAUAGACAAAAAUUUGUGUGGUAUUUUGCCAUGGGUAGUAUGAUGAAUCCUAUUUCACUUUUUCUUCGUGAUAUAUUGCCGUUAAUGUCUUAUCCAGCGAAGUGUCUGAAUUAUAAAAUUGUUUUUCGACCAUCGAUGGGAAUGGCUGAUAUUGAACCUUGCUCGGAAGGGGAAAUUCAUGGAGUUGUUCAUCUUCUCUCUGAUGAACAAAUGCGUCGUUUAGAUGCAUUAGAAGCAAUCUAUCAUCGAAUUGUUGUUAAUUCAAUUAAUUAUCAAGAACAAACUCAUCUUGUUUACAUUUAUAAAAUGAAUAUAGAUUAUCCAUCUACAAGUCUUCCAAGUGAACGUUAUUUAGAUAUAAUAGUAAAAGGUUGUGAACAUUAUAAAGUUCAACCGGCAUAUAUAGAUCGAUUAAAAUAUGAACAAGCAGUAAUACCACGAAAAAAGCCUCAUGCAUUCCAGUCGUUUAAAAAUAUUCCUGAAGAUGUAUUUUUUUCCGUAGAAGAACUUGCGCGGCAUGAUGGAAGUGAUCCUGCACUACCAUUAUGGAUAAGCGUCAAUGAAAAAAUUUUAGAAUAUAGUGGACUACCACCAGUUGAUCAUCCCGACUAUAAACUUCAACAACGAUCCUAUGCAUUUAUCAAGUCGAAACUUGGAGGACGUGAAGUAACAUAUGGUAUGGCUAAAAAUUUGUAUGAACCGUUGUAUGCAAUACCUACCAAUGAAAAUGAUUUAUGUGCAGAACAUCGAGCACAAAUUGAAGAUGAUUUUUAUUGUAGAAUGAAUGAUGGUCAAAAUAAAAAUUAUUGGAAACCAAUAGGACGUCUCCGUGCAUCAAACAAUUUGUCAAAGACUUGA